AUGCCUCGAGGAGCAGAGUUCGACAACGGAAAGCCUCAGUCUGACAAUGCCGUGGAGGCCGGUCAAGACAAGAUCCACGGAGGAGGAAAGACCACCGCCGAAGUCGAAAUCAGUCAUGCAAAGAAGACCGCACCUCUCCCCGAUUUGAGCGAGGUCAACGACCGGACCCUCAGCUUCGGAGCAGCACCGGGUCAUCAAGAUGGCCAUGGCCACGAGGCACCACGGACACAAGGAGAGAGGACUGGAAUGGGAUCCAACAAGGAUUUAGGCAAGGCAGGUCCGCACCCGUUGGACAAUCCACAGGAUGAGUCGGCCAUCCGGAGAUAG